CUCUCUUGUAGGGUCUAACAUCGCAACUUAGUGGAAUAAAGACUGUUGGAUACGAGAUGAGUCAUCCCAGUGGGCCAACGGACCACACGAUAUCUCUACUAAAACCUAUAUAAAGCACCACGAUACCUACCGACAAAAGUCCCCACCUCAUACCCAAACCCAAACCCCAAGAUCAAAAAAAUGCCAAUCCUACCACUUCUCCCCAGCCACUCUCAAACACCCCCGAUUCACACGGCCCGGCUUCUGCUCCGACCGUUUCGGGCCGCGGAUCUUCCCGCCCUUCACGUCCUCCGAACCACUCCCGAAGUCAUGCGCUGGACUCGGCAGGGACGCAUCGACGCCACAACAGAAGAAACGAGUAAAUGGAUGGAACGCUUCACCCAUGACACUGAGCCAGGAGAACGACCUAACUAUAAUUUCGCUGUCCUACGCAAAAAGGUCCCGGGUGAGGUACCAGCUACGGAGUUAGAAGAAGGCGAUGUCAUUGGUGUGAUGGGCAUCGUGUCUAUUUCCCCGGAGGACGGUCCUGAGGUGGGGUAUUUGUUUCUACCCGAGACGUGGGGCAUGGGGUAUGCGACUGAGGCUCUCACAGGGUUCGCGGAGGCGUGGUGGAGGCUGCCGAUCCCUGAGCAUGGUGUCUCUGGGAGUGGGGAAGAAGCAGGGGAAGUGGGGGUAUUGCGCGCUGUGACGGAUAAGACGAAUUUGGUGAGUGCGAAGGUGUUGACUAAAUGUGGUUGGACGGUUGUCGGGGAAGGUAUUGAAGGUGAGGGUGAGAAGAAGGUCGACUUGUUGUAUUGGAUGUUGCGGCGCCCUGGGGUUUGAGGUUUUCUAGAGUAUUGGGCUUCCAGUGUGAAGUGCUUCUGGAGGCAUGGACUUCGUGGUAUUUGUUGUAUAUACGCAUGUAUCCAUAGAGCUGCAAAUAUGGGGUCCAUGAUGACAUUGUCAUAGGGGAAUUGGUGCCAUCAUGUAGAUCAGACGCAUCUUCGAGUAAAGUGCUAGGACUCCCCAAUCAAACA